CUUUCAACUCAAUUUCAAAAUUUGGGUCUUUGGGGGGAAGGAAGAUUGGCUGCAAUGUCAGUCAAUCGGAGAAGGAGCAAAGGAGGAGAGAAUCGGUUUUAUUGUCCGCCAGCAUUGAGGCGGCAGCAGCAGCAAAGGCAGGCGGCGGCUCACAAUUCGAAAUAUGAUCAGAGAACUGGAGAGUCUGAAGAUGCAGCAUCCACUACAUCAACUACGGCCAUGCCUACCUCAAGCCCAUCGUUUUCCACGAAUUUGGAUCGGUUUUUAGAGUAUACAACCCCUAAAGUACCUGCUCAGACGCACACGAGAUGUUGGAGAUAUCAGGACAGUGAUUUCGGCCCCUACUUCAUUUUGGAUGAUCUUUGGGAAUCUUUUAAGGAGUGGAGUGCGUAUGGAGCAGGAGUUCCUCUUGUUUUGAACGAGAGUGAUUCUGUAGUCCAAUAUUAUGUCCCAUACUUGUCUGGGAUGCAACUGUAUGUUGGCAAAUCCAGGAAACCAAGUGAGGGAAGUGAUGGCGACAGUUAUAGGGAGACAACUUGUGAAUAUGUGGGAAAGCAGAAUCAACAGAAUACUAUUGCAACUGGAAAUGGAUUUAAAAGACCGUCGUUAACAAAUGAUGCAUCCUUGAAUGAGACAAGUAAUCCACCUGGUCUGCUUACAUUUCAAUUCUUGGAACAAAAUCCUCCACAGAAUCGUCAACCAUUGACUGAAAAGAUCAUAAAUCUUGCAUCUCAAUUUCCUGAGCUGAGGACAUAUAGGAGUUGUGACCUGACACCAGCAAGUUGGAUUUCUGUUGCUUGGUACCCAAUAUACCGGAUACCCAUAGGCCCAACACUGCAGAACCUUGAUGCUUGCUUCUUGACAUUUCAUUAUCUUUCAUCUCCACUUAACAGUAACAUCAUGGGGAUGCGUGAUAGUCAACAUCAUGGCAGCAUGCCCAUCAAGCUCUCACUUCCAUGUUUUGGGCUCGCAUUUUACAAGUUGAAAGUUUCUGUCUGGGCUCCAAUUGACGAAGAUGAAUCUCAAAAGGUCAGCUCUCUCUUACGAGCUGCUGACAAUUGGCUCCGAUGGUUGCAAGUCGACCACCCAGAUUACAGGUUCUUUCUUUCACGCAGUGCAUACUUUAGGUGAACCUUCCGACAUAAAUCAACACGACUGAAGUGAACUACUCCAUUAUUUCCGGUCUGCCUGCUCAUUGACUGAAGCCCUAUACUACUACUAUAAUAUAUGUGAGAUUGCCAUAAUGGCUCGUGCUUUCUAGUUUCUCUGGCCCAAAUUAACAAUGCGGUAUUUU